GCAAAGCCACUUGUACUUGAGGAAAACGGAUAAAUCUUCAUCCUUUGGCUCCCUGGCGUUGGCUGCAGUGAGUUAGUUGUCACUUUAAGAGAGUUCGCUCUUCUUAAAGUGCUAAGACUUACGCCGCCAGAAAGUAUCGCGAGAUCUGUGGCCACCAGCGAUUUCUCGCGAUGUUUGGUCCGGCAAAGGGUGGCCAUUUUAGAGUCCGUCCGGCGGCUGGUUGCCCUGGCGGCGUCGGCCAACCUGCUGCCGGGACCAAAGCUGGCCCCACGGGUGUCUGGCCUGUGGGCAGCUGGACCGACACGAUGUGGCGGCUCCGCUGCAAGGCCAAGGAUGGCACCCAUGUUUUGCAGGGGUUGUCUAGCCGAACCCGAGUGCGGGAACUCCAGGGCCAAAUUGCCGCCAUCACCGGGAUCGCCCCCGGCUGUCAGCGAAUCCUCGUCGGAUACCCGCCCGAAUGCCUGGAUCUCAGCAACGAGGAUACCAUUCUUGGGGAUUUGCCCAUCCAGUCAGGCGACAUGCUGAUCGUUGAAGAAGACCAAACCAGGCCCAAAACUUCACCUGCAUUUACAAAACAUGGUGCUCCUAGUUACGUCAGGGAAACUUUGCCUGUGCUUAGCAGAACUGUGGUCCCAGCAGACAACUCUUGUCUCUUUACCAGUGUAUAUUAUGUUGUAGAAGGAGGAGUCUUGAAUCCAGCUUGUGCCCCUGAGAUGAGACGCCUCAUAGCACAAAUUGUAGCAAGUGAUCCAGACUUCUAUAGUGAGGCAAUCCUGGGAAAAACAAAUCAAGAGUACUGUGACUGGAUCAAAAGGGAUGAUACUUGGGGAGGAGCUAUUGAGAUAUCAAUUUUGUCUAAAUUUUAUCAGUGUGAAAUAUGUGUAGUGGAUACACAGACAGUAAGAAUUGAUCGUUUUGGGGAAGAUGCAGGAUACACCAAAAGGGUCCUGCUUAUAUAUGAUGGCAUCCACUAUGAUCCGCUUCAGCGUAACUUCCCUGACCCAGACACCCCGCCUCUGACCAUUUUCUCCUCUAAUGAUGAUAUUGUUCUUGUACAAGCACUGGAAUUAGCAGACGAAGCUAGAAGAAAGAGACAAUUUACUGAUGUAAACCGCUUCACCCUGAGAUGCAUGGUAUGUCAGAAGGGAUUAACUGGACAAGCAGAAGCAAGGGACCAUGCCAAGGAGACAGGCCAUACCAACUUCGGAGAAGUGUAAUCUAUGCAUGAUGAGGAUUGCCGCCUACUACCUCACAGAUCCAGAAGGCUCUGGGUUUUCCAAUAAGCUAUUCGUAACCCUAAAGAACAAAAGGACGCAAUGCUUGAACCGUCUUUUUAACUUAAAACCACUAAGACACUGAAAUUCCUUGUUAAGAUUAAAAUUAGUGUGCAAGUUUACAGAUGUGUGUCUACAGUGGUGAUACAUGCCCUUUCUCUGCUGGGGUGACAGAAUAGGUGGUCCUUGCUACCUACUGACAUUACCCUGAAGAUUUGAAUUUUAGUACUAUAAACUAGCACCCAGCAGCAUUAACCUGUAGAAGAAAACAACUUCGUAUUUUGAGUAAUGCGGAAGGCCUCACUAGAGGCCACUGGACUUAAACCACAAUGUCUCCAUAAUUGAGUCCUUUUAAAAACUCUGAUUGAGUUAAUAGUUUCUAAAUUCUGAAUUGAUUCCUCAAAUGAAGAUACUCAGAAUUGUCAAAACCAAUUUUAUAUUACAAUUUGGUAGACUUUAUAAAUGUGUACUUAACCAGUUAUAAGUACGUUACAAGCAAUUUUUACAGGGAUGAGUGUGUUCCUUGAGAAUGUUACCUAAAGAACUGAUAGUGCCCAAUUUAGGAUUUCUAGUGUAUAAAAGUAGAAUGUAUGAGGGAAAAGGUGCCUGAGCAGCUUACUAAAGCUUUAAAAGACCGUUGGCCUCGUGUUUUAAUGCAACUCAUUUAUUGAUGUUUGUCACGUUAGAUAAAAAUUUUAAAUUAAGCAGGGUAUUUAUUUUUUAAUUGAAGUUUCUUGAAAUUUGAGUGCUUGAUUAUUGUUUUUUUACAUAAAGAUUUGUCUGGAGGGAUUAACUUCCUCAGCUUUUUCUCCAACUCCUAAAAAACAGCCUUCAUCUAAAAUGAUAAUGCUGUGCUUUGAUUUGGUUUUUGUGAGAUCUUCUGUUUACCUAAACAGUAUUUUUUUCCAUGCUAGCCUUAUCUGGCCACUAAUGCUCUUUUGAAUAAUUUCAUGUUUCUGCAAGUUAGCACUUUGCCUAUCUACAAUCUUUUACUUUGACUUUUGAAGAGUUUUAAAGUAGUUGGGAUAAUAACAUUGAAUGAAUUUGUUUCACUUCCAAAAUACGACAGUUUUUAAAUCCUUGCCUUAUUCAGCUUUUUUGAAAUUCUGCUUCUUCCUAAUAUUAGACGUGUAGUCAUUUGCUUGGUGGGCGAAACUGCAAGGCACACCCUCUAAAAUUAGCUUCACUCUGAGAUCUUCCAGAUAAAAGUUUUCUACCUCUUAAAUCUUCUGAAGAUCAGGGAUGCUAAAUUAUAAUUUGUUAUGUAUUAUCUCACAAAAUGUGAAGAGGCUUAAUGUUGUGUAGUUCCGUUAUCUGGUCUCAUUUUUUUAUGAAGUAUCUCAUUUACAAAACCAAUGGUAUACUUUAAAGCACUUCUGUCUCUUUCAGCAUAUCUUCUUGGCGAAUGUUUUCAAAUUGAGAUUUACUUUUAGCACUUUCACUUGGUGGAGGUGGCCAUAUAAAAUUAAGGAGCAUGUAAACAAUUUAGUGGACAAGUUCCUUUAAGGAAGAAUUCACAAAGUAUGCUUGAAAUUAUUAGGUGACAUUUCUUGAGUACCUAUUUUGUGAAUAGCUGCUUUAGGCAUUAUAAGUUAUGGUCAGUAUAACUUAAAAGAAUUUAAUUUUCUAUUUUACUGAGCCUUAAAAAUAGCACUUGUGAGCUUGCGAUACUUAAUGUUUGGAAUUCAUAAUAUAUACAAAUGAAUAUGUUUGAAGAUCUCUU